AUGAUUCGGAGACGAGUAUGCGAUGGCGCACGACUUGCACCGAAUAUACGGGCGACCUUCAGUGCGGCGCGGUACCAGUCGGGACUUCACACAUUCAUUCGUGAUUCCAAACCCUCUAAUUUCUCUUCGGUCAGGCGCUCUGAAAAUGCGAAUGGUGAUGCCACCGCAUCUCCCGGUGCAACUGCAGGGGAAAAUCCCGCUUCUUCCGGUGAUUGGGCAUCCCAUAUGCAACGAGAGCUUUUCGGGGAGGUGGACCCACUCGGUGGACAGGCUCAUAAGGAUUAUUACCGAGAUGUAACUCGCGGUUACAGCCCGCAGUAUGCCCCAAGGAAUUUCGCCAACGGUGGUGCGGUGGCGUAUCCCCAUAUUCAGAGCCCGUAUGAAUAUGAAGAAGCUGCACACCGACGUGUUUGGUUGGAUCACGACGUGGACCGCAUGAGGGAAGAAUUUACUCAACACCGUGCCUCCCUCCGGAGCCUAGCAUCAGCACAGGAACGAGAGGAGUUGCUUCGUAGCCGUGCUGCUGAAUACCAGGUUGCCAACACCGUACACGAGAGCGAAAGUGUUCAUCCAAUUCAACAACUUUAUAACAGUGGUGGCACGAGCCGCAGCGCACUCAAACAGCAGGCAGUGGCGGAUCGUUACUCCAUAGCAGAACAACAUUCUCCGCUUCCCUUAACAACGGGGGUGGACCGUGAUGCACUUGACGAGGCGCAACGUACCAAGGAUAGGAUUCUUAACGACAGUUUCACCGCAGAAAAUCUCCUCAUUACCCACGGUCUACGAGAGAAGGAAAAACAUGAUUUCACUAUCCUGCAGCGCACAGUCCGCAUCCCUUUUCAAGGUUAUGAUAUGGACAGGUUCCUUGCACAGCAGAAAGGUACACCUUACGGCGCUCAGCAACUUCCCCCCAACGUGGUUCCAUCUUCAAUGGAGGAAGCUCAGCGUACGUUGCGUGGUUCAUCCGCUACAGCCACGCCUUUAGUUGACGCUGUUGCCCAGAAGGUCUAUGCGCGUAACACAGUGGUGGACCGACCUGCCAUAGGAGAGCAACUAACCGAACAAAUCAUUAACACCAUGCGGGCUUCACGUACAACAGCAGAGCAACAGCGGGAGGAGGAGCGGGCGCAACGGUUUGGUCUCGGACGCCAUGGGGCGUUGGUGCAGGACGGCGGCCCGGAUCAACGUACUCUAAAGAAGCAUAUAAACGAUGAGAGAAUUGUGGACGCUAUGCUAUUUCAGCAGAAUGCUUAUAGGAAGACGCCUGCCGAUGAGCAUUGGAACCCCUACAUACGGCGGAGCACUGAAAAUGGCGUAGGGCAUCUUCUUCAAAACAAAUUUGACAUCAUGCGUCGUGAGGACCGGCUAUCGAAGGGGGAACAGGAUCUAACAGAGCGUAACACUAUCCAUUAUGGUGUUCCUAUUCAACAGAUCGUUGACGAAUUUGUCUUCCGUCAUCGUAACGCACGUGGUGAAAGGCCGCUUGACUACUUUAAGCCAUUUCCCAACUUUCGAGCGCUGCGUCUAAAUCGCAUGUACCGCGAUGUCGAGGGGUUUUCGCUCAUGAAGCAACGGCCUGAGUUUCUUGAGUGGGAAUUGUUUACUCGUUAUCGGCAACAUCAUCAGCAGCGACGGAGGCUUGCCCUACUCCACGGGCUAGAACCUGUUGCUAAUGAGACUGCGCAGGAACGUGAUACACGACGACACAGGUUGGACGAAAUCUGUGAACGGACGCCCUUUGAUGAGCGCGAGAUGCACGUAAAUGAUGACGAGAUGAAAGUGAGCGUCGAGACGCUGCGCAGUUGGUUCGGCGUGUACAUGCUGCCGUCGCCUACCGUGGUAAACGCCGUGUUGGGAGGUUCGGCUUCGGUGAACCUUCAUCUCUACCAUCUAGCCGACGAGAUGGGUACUGCAGAUACACGCGAGCAUGUGUUGAGCGGCCGGUACUUGAAUCGACUGCUUCUCCUUGAGUCAUAUCAAAACCGCGUGGGGCGGGGUUUUAUGAACCACGUUGUUGGGAGGGCGCCGGAACCGGUUGUUCCACACGAGCAGCCACAAGAGGUACUCCGCCACUUUUCUGCAGAGGAACGCGCCAUGUAUGAGCAGCAUGUGAAGGAGCAAACCUCCCGCCAGUUGGGUGAGUGGGAAAGAGCUAUGAAACGGCGUCGCUGGUUGACAGAUCACCAGCAGUACGGACACGUUGUUUCUCAUGGGCUUGAAACGUCAGUUGUGGACCUUUCACACACAGAAACAGGGGCAGUGCUAACUGUAUCGACCAAAGCAUAUGAGCAGGAAAUAGAGGCUGUGCGUAUGAAAACCAACGCCACUAUUAAGGUGGAUGGGAUGGUGUAUAACUUGCUCCCGAAUUCCGAGAGACGUGUCGUACCCCUCACCGUGCAGCUGGAUUCGGGAGAAAAAAUUGAUAUGACCAGUGAGGACUUUGAUCGCUGUGAACUGGAAGCUUUCCCACGUAAUCUCAACCACGCUCUCAACUAUGGCAUCGCCAACUACGCUUACAACCGCGGCAACUACGUGGAAACGCAGGACUCGAUAUGGGAGGAACAAACCGCCUCCGGACAGGAAGGCUGGUCACCCGCUACGCAUGCUGAUGGCUUACGGGAGGGGCUCCCAGUGCGCGCCCGGCGUCCCAUUUUUAGUAGUUCAGCUGAGCAACGCAUAGCUGGUGGCCCACAACGUGCGGUGAUUAUUCAGUACCACCAUCAGCCCUUCUUUAACCCUGAGCCACGGCUCGUAAAGGUGGCGUUUCAAUGCGAUGGCACUAUAAUGGAGGUUCCCAUUUCAGAUGUGAUGAUCUGGCAGAGACGUUACCAUGGUCCCGAGCGUACUGUUGGUGACGAGUCGCGGCGGUACAAUCCAGCGGCCAUGCGGCGCUAUGUCGACGUUACCGAUCCCUUUAAUGAGAAAACAAGUAAUACGGAGCACUUCCUUGACAAGUACGAACCGAAACGGAACGCUGACACUGUUGCUGACAAGUACCGCACAACGAAGCAAAUUACGGAGAUCGACAAAUGGACACGAUAUGACUCUGCUCGUGCCGACAACUAUCGUCCAUUAAGCAUUUCUCAUCGGCGGGAUUAUAUCCGCAUGGGUUACAUACCCCGCUAUACCCCUUGGGAGUGGAUUGCCAUACAGGAAGCUGAUCAGCCUCUCAUAGCUGAGCAGAUUCGUCAAGAUAAUAUCGGCACCAGUUACUUCUUCUCUUUAAAUCGCUACUGGCGUUAUAAGGCUUCUCCGCACGGUUACAUCCGUCAUUUUGAGAAUGAAGUCCGUGACUUACUUCAGUACGUUGAUGGUGUUACACCUUGGAAGCAGGCGCAGAAGAUUCGGACAUAUUGGGAAGUGCGUUCACAUCAUCCAAUGCCGCAAUUCAACAGGCCUGAGGUGGCCAUGCAUCGCAAUACUGUAGGUUUACUUCCUGCCCAUAUGUGGGAGACGGACAAGAAGACGGGUAAGGUGAAGUCGGUGAAGGACUCCGUGAGGGAUUAUCAAACGAAAACUCCAUACCCCAAAUGGGUGCAACUUUGA